AUACUCUACCAAAAGCACGAAACCCUCCACUCUCCUGCAGUACCAGUCUGGCUGUGCUUGUCAGCGUCUCUUUUUCAUACUCUCUCCUACUCACUCCCAUGUGUUCUUCCCAUUCCCCCCACCACGCCUUCUCCGUCUCCGUCUCCUCCUUCUCCUAACCCUAACCCUAAUAAAUCCGUCUUCGGCCUUGAAGGUUUCUGUUGUUGUUUGCAGUAACUGCCACAUUUUCUUUCUUCCAUGCGAAACGAUUUUUUUUUCUUUGGAUUUUACGUUGGGUGAAUCGAUAAGAGAUUGAAAGAGAAUCGGGAAAAUGGGGUGUGCGCAAUCGAGAAUUGAGAAUGAGGAGGCGGUUUCGAGAUGCAAAGAGCGGAAGAUACUCAUGAAAGAGGCGCUGGCGGCUCGCAACGCCUUCGCUGCGGGGCACACUGGUUACACCAUGGCCUUGAAGAAUACCGGCGCCGCGUUGAACGACUACGGCGAAGGAGAAGCCGAGAAUAACCACGACCAGCAUCUCCAUUCGGCAUUUGGAACGGUCUCUGAAGCGGCGGCGAUCGAUGCCACCCUCCCGCCGCCGCCUCCGCCUCUUCCCAACUACUCACCGAGCCCGCUCAAGCGCGCGGUGAGCAUGCCGGAGCUUUCGCCGGUGAAAACGCCCGUUGGGUUGAGUAUUCCGAAGGUUAUUGAAGAAGAUGAGCGGGAUGAUAAGGAUGAGCUGAUGCGGCGGCGAAAUGGCGGUGGAGCGAGGGAGGAGGAGCCCACUCCUCCGCGGACGCCGGCGAUGAAUGCGGUUCCGCCGCCGCCUCCGGAUGCGAAGGGGAUGUCUUGGGAUUACUUCUUUAUGGUGGAGAACAUGGCUGGAACCAUGCUGACUGAAGAGGAUGAGAUUAAAGGUGAGAAGAACGAGGAUGAGGGUGAGGUAUUUCACGAAAUGGGCAAUGUGGGUGGCGAUGGUGGUGAGGAGAGUGGUGGGGUUGAGCCGAAGACACCGCAGAAGACAGCCGAGAAGGAGGAUGAGGAGCUUGUGAAGAAGGCAAAGCAGCUCACACAUGCCAAUACGGCACCGUUGCCGGAGGUCAGGAGGGGGGUGAUUGAGCCUAGUAUUAAUCUUAUGCAGAUACUGAAUGUGAUCGACGAUCAUUUUCUGAAGGCGUCCGAGAGUGCCCAAGAGGUUACCAAGAUGCUAGAGGCAAAUCGGAUGCAUUAUCACUCUAAUUUUGCAGAUAAUGGCGGACAUAUUGACCAUUCUGCCAGGGUCAUGCGCGUUAUUACAUGGAAUAAGUCAAUCAGAGGUAUGCACAAUGCUGAUGAUAAGAAGGAUGUUUUUGAUGCAGAAGAAUAUGAAACUCACGCAACUGUCCUGGACAAGUUGCUGGCAUGGGAAAAAAAACUUUAUGAUGAAGUGAAGGCAGGUGAGCUUAUGAAGCAUGAGUAUCAGAGGAAGGUUGCUUUGCUUAACAAGCAGAAGAAACGCAGUGCCAGUACUGAAUCAUUGGAGAAAACGAAAGCAGCUGUAAGUCAUCUGCAUACGCGAUAUAUAGUUGACAUGCAGUCCAUGGAUUCGACUGUUUCUGAAGUAAAUCACAUCCGUGAUGAUCAAUUGUACCCAAAACUUGUUGCUCUUGUGGACGGGAUGGCGAAAAUGUGGAAUGACAUGUGCAUGCAGCACAAUAGCCAGCUAAAGAUGGUUACAGACCUCAAAUCUAUUGACAUCUCCCAGGCUCCCAAGGAGACGAGCAAGCAUCACCAUGAACGCACCAUCCAGCUCUGGAAUGAGAUCCAAGGAUGGCAUUCACAGUUUGAAAAGCUUGUGACCCAUGAAAAACAAUACAUCCAGGCACUCAACAGCUGGUUGAAGUUAAAUCUAAUUCCCAUUGAAAGCAGCUUGAAGGAGAAAAUCUCAUCUCCUCCGAGACCUCAACACCCUCCCAUCCAGGCCCUCCUUCACUCAUGGCAUGACUCUCUGGAGAAGCUUCCUCAUGAGCUUGCCAAAUCAGCAAUCUCCUCCUUUGCUGCUGUGAUAAAAACCAUCAUCCUUCAUCAGGAGGAAGAGAUGAAACUAAAAGAGAAGUGCGAGGAGACCCAAAAGGAGUAUUCGCGCAAGCAUCAAGCAUUUCAGGACUGGUACCAGAAAUACAUGCAGCGUAGGACCCCGCCAGAUGAAACAGACCCUGAGAAGGGCGACGAAGCCAAUCCCAAGGACCCCAUCUCAGAGAAACAAUUUGUGGUGGAGAGCUUGAAGAAGAAGUUGGAAGAGGAAGUUGAAGCUCACCAAAGACAUUGUGUUCAGGUGAGGGAGAAAUCACUGGGAAGUCUCAAACUUCGGUUGCCUGAGCUCUUCCGGGCCUUGACAGAUUACACUCAUGCCUGUUCUGAUGCCUAUCAAAGACUGAAGGCCAUCACUCAAUCACAAAGCGUAAAUGGUGUUUCUUCUUAACAAUGUGAGAUUUUUCUUUUUUUCUUUUUUUUUUCCUUCUUUUUUGUGCUUUAAAUUAAACCUCUCCUCUGCUAAGUUUUUGUUUCAGACACCCUUUUCUUCGUCUGCAGUAUCUAUAGUCUUUCUUGUUCAUCUGUAGAAAUAUUGUUAUAUAUCCGAUCAUGGGCCCCCAAAGGGGACUAUCUGAAUUUGAAGCCUAAAAAUUAAAGUUCAAUGCAUUUCUAGAAAAGGUCAAAGAGGACUGAGAAGUGAGCCAAAGGGUGUUUUUAUUUUUCUUGAACUGAUGAGUUCAGCAUAAGGACCAAUUCAGUUGCUGACAUUAUAUAUGUACCAAGUCUUAAUCAUGUGGAGAGUGAAAAAUUACAAAAGCAAUAAGAUUAUUUGUAGGGCAUAUAUAACAUCAUAUGAUUCAAUAUCAAAAUUUAACCACAUUUCCCAAACCUAUUAGAAAAUUCCUCCUAAACCAUGACCCUUAAUGCUUGUGGAUUUAUUUGUCCAUUUCAAACUCAACCUCAAAAUGUCUUGAACUACAAUCCAAGUCUUAAAACUGUUGGCAAAUUUUUAUGGCUCUAAUGUUUGAAGAUUGAACCUGACCAGUCAGAUCAUCAUCAUCAUUUUUUUGAACUUUAGAGAAGCUUCUUUCACUAAAAUAAGUAAUGUGAAAGAAGAAGGAGAUUGGUUUGCAGCUAUCAAAAAUAGACCCUUGAGGCUGGCCUAAUUUGACACUUCAAAGUCUGUUGCACUUGCAUUACACAUUGGCUUUACCUCUGAGCCAUCACUUUUUACCUUAUUUUACCCUUCUAUUUUCUAAUUUUAUAUUUGGUUUUUGGUUUACUUGUUAAGACCCAACUCCCAAAAUCAGUAAAAUAUAUAUAAAAAAAAUGAUAAAUUAUUUGUUAAUUUACAUUGUAAUUUUAAAUAAAUAAAUAAAUAAAAUAAAAAUAUCAACUUGAAGUCUUACCAUUUUUGGUAAAAAUAUGGGUUUAUCUAUCUUGUGCCAGGCAGAUUUCUAAGAUUUUUUUGUGGGCUUUUUGUGAAGCGAGAGAAAGGAAAGAGUCGGCCAAUGAGAAGAGCCAAGUCGAGGACUAGGACAAUUAUUAUAUGUAGACGAACCUCGUGGAGGAGUACAGCUUCGAAUUGAAGGGCAGAAGUCUGGUCAUGCUUACAUUUGCUGGAAAUGGGGAUCAAGCUCUGGUCGAAUUCUCGCGGCAAAAGCGUUCGAUUGGGCGACUGCAAUUCGGGGUCGAAGUGGAGACUACUUUGGAGAAAAAUAAAGCAAGAAAACAAGAAAAUUUUCCAUAAUUCUGCCCCUCCAUCGCGUCUGGCGUCUUAUGACAUGGACUCCUACUCGCAGAAUUUCGAUCAAGGCCCAGGGUGGACGGAUCCUGAAAACAGGUUCAGGUCCUUCUCCGCACGCUUCGCUGUUCCAUCCAAGAUUUUGCAAGAUAAUGACCUUAUGGAUCGAUGUUGAUACAUAAUGGUAUAUCUGUUUUCUUUACUAUACUGCUAUGAAAUCCUUCUACUCCUUCAUACUCUAUCGCCUACCUUUGAGCUAAAUCCCUUUUUUUCUUUUCUUUUCUUCUUCUUUUUAAGCCUAGUUGUUAAUAGAAUAGGAGGCACCAGAACAAGACAAAGAGGAAAAGCUUGGAUGUCCCCCACCUUUUUUCCCCCCUAAAUUUGGGGCUUUUUUUUUUAUCUUUUCCCUUUGGGCCACAAAUAAGUUAUCCCUUUUCUAUGUGGAAAGCACAAUGAUGAAAAGCACAAGGAAUCUUGCAGGAUUUGUCUGGGUUUUUAA